AUGCCAAAAAAAAAGAAAACUAACAUAGCCGACAAGCUGGGGUUUUCUUACUUUAUAACCACACCAUGUGAAAGUUGGGAUGCUCUAGAAUAUCAUAAGGAAUGGUGUGUGUCCAAAAAUCCUGUUGACAAGACAACAGUCACGACAGCAAUCAUGCGGCAGUUAGAAUGGAAUAAGAGAUCUCUUGAUGUCUUGAAAAAUAUGAUAGCGGAACUUAAUGAAGCAUCAUCAAGACUGACCGACUUUGCUCGUACCAGACAAGAUGCCAUAAAAAGAAAAAAGCAGUAUCACCAACUACAUGGAUUUACUACUCCCUAUCUAGAUAGUCCAAUAUUACAUUUAUUGCAAGAAAGCUCAUCUAUUGAAGAAGAGAUGGAAGGUAGUUAA